AUGAGCGACAAGGACUUCCAAGUCCCUGGAUGGGACGGCGCCGCCAGAACAUGGCGGCGAUACACCAGAAAAGUUGCUUGGUACUUUCGUGCCACCCCUGUGAGCAAGCGCAGGUAUGUGGCAACCAAGCUUUUGGCAAAGCUGUCAGAAGCGGCAAGGCUUCUGGCCAUGAGCUGGAGCGACAUGUCCCUCGAUGACUACAACGGGACCAAGACCCUGCUCCAGCGUCUGGCUUCAUCGCCGCUCGUUCGACAGAGCAUUCCAAAUGCCUCAGCGAUAUGCGCACAAUACUUUGAGUUCAAGAGAGGUGCUCACGAACCCACGACGGCCUUCCUGGUGAGAGAAAGCCUGGGCUUUGCUGAGUUCGUUGAAUCGCUGGUGCGCCUGGCUGAGCAGAAACGAGGUAUUCGACCAGAAGAUGGUGAUUUUGGAUUGCCCCCUGAAGAAUAUGAACAGGAUGAUGACUCCACUUAUGCCGCUUGGCAGUACUGGCAAGAGGACGACUGGGCAACUGCGGAGGUGGCCCUGAUGGAAUUGGUACAUCGUCAAAUGGAUGUCCUGGAGGAGGAGAAGAAGCCACGUCGUUCUCCCUACAAGAGUCAACCUGCAUCCAAGACUCGCGAGACAAGCCCAGCUCAGUCUUGGGAUAUGGUGCCUACAGCGACUCCGACCAAGACCAAGGAGUCGACCUUGGAGGACGAGCUGUGCCAGUACCUGGAGACCACGGAGUUGCAGCAGCUCACCGCCUCCUCAAAGAUUGCAGAGCAGCAGCCGGGGAGUCAAGUCCUCCGGCACUUCAGGGACUGGCCGCAGCCUUCGAAGGGGAACUAUGAGCUCUUCAUCCUCACCCUUGAAGCGUUCGAUGGCCAACUCAGAUCUACGUCGACGUCAUCGUCCUCGGCGUCUUUGGUUCUCAAUGCCGUGCACCAAGUGGUGUCGUUGGACCGCGCUGAAAACUAUGCCUCUCCGGAGAAGCGUGAACUUCUUGCUGGCUAUCGACGCCGUGAGAGAAGGAUGCUAUGGAUGAUGGUCCGCUUCAGUGAAGAAACAGUGGAAGAAGAUCCAACCACAGACAUCUACUUUGACUGGCCCUAUCCAUGUGAAGGUUGGAAAGAAGCUCCUCUAAUCCACUUGGCCGACUUUCUGAACAAGCUUGGCCUUGACUGGCUUCCAUGUCGAAUUGAUGGCUGCCGCUAUGGCUUGCGAGAAAAGAGUGGCGAAGGCUCAUCAAAGAUUGCAGUGCUCCUCAAGACCUACCCUGGGCUCUCUAUGCAGGCUGAAUCAGCGGAUGAGGUCAUUCGUGCUCUCUCCUUGGGGCGGUUGGCACACUAUCCCAAAUUCAACCAGUUCACGGUGGAACAAAACAUCUUUCUGCACUUCCCUCCGGAGAAAGAACCAUGGAGUCAUGGAAUCGUUGAAGCAGCAAUUCAAGAUGUGAAACAUGUGGCCUCAGCGAAUCAAAAAGAAGCCUUGGACAAUUUGCCGGAAGUGACCUUAGCACUGGCCACCUCAGCUCUGAACAGCACCGAGUACACCGCUGGCUUCUCCUCGCAUCAAUGGGCUUUUGGUGCAAAGUACUCCAUCAACGAUGAGGAUGCACGCAUGUGGCAAGGUGUAGCUCCUCAUCUGGACUUCAUCAACGCCUCCAAGGCCCGCUUAGCUGCUGAAGAGAUUGCCCGACAGUCUCGCGCGAGAAGAGUGCUGAGUAAACUGGCAGACACAACAGUGAAGCAGCCUCUCCGACAAUAUAAGAUCACCGACCUCGUCAUGGUUUGGCGUAAAGUUCAAGUUGGUGAUCAACAUCAAGGCAGCCGAGGGGGUCACAAGAACUCGUCACGGAGACAGAGCGACUUCAUCAUGAACUGCAUGACCUCCGAUGAAGAUCCUUCAAGCUGGAAAACUUUGGAAGAUUUGUUGCCUCACCGCAGCUAUGACGACGUCACCAGUGAAGUUCCUGGCGCUGAUGAGCUAGAGCUUCCAGGUCUUCCAGAAGAGCCUGAUGAGACGACCUAUGCACCAAUCCGCCGAGCCAUCGGCAAGAGCACCUUGGGACCAUCUGACUACAAGAAGGUCCAUCGAUCUACUUGGAUUGGACUUGGCCCUCGCUCUACAACACCAGCAAAGUAUCUUCCAGAUCCUGUACCUCGACCAGAACCUGGUGGUUCUUCCUCUUCUGCCAAACUUUCACCUCCUGAAGGUCUUGAAGAAUACACACCAUCAAGUGGCGGAGAAGAUGCCAACAGCUAUGAGAACAAGAAAAGAUCAGAUGAUGGUGCUCCCGUCACUGAGCCUGAAACCAAGAAGCCUCGACAUGAAGACUAUGAUCUUGGUUGGGUUGAAGCUCUUCAGGCCGAGGCCAUGGAGGAGAUCACCCACGAGGACAUCUUCAACGUCCUUCAGGUCUAUGACGGUGACUGCCUCUCCAUUGAGAUCGAGAUCAAUGUGGCAUCUCAUACUCAAAAGCGAAACUUCCUCCACAACCCGAUUGCCUACCUGACCAAGAAGCUGAACAGCGCCGAGGUGCAUCUGAAGCAUCUCUCUGAUGCGGAGCGCCUAUUGUUUGUUCGAGCCAAGGCAAAGGAGGUGUCAUCCUUCCUGAAGAACCAGGCCGUGCGCAAGUGCUUGGAUGACAAUGAGCUCCGUGAUGCUACAUCUACUUACAAACUUAACACUGUUUCUCCACCCGUCGUCUAG